AUAUGCAUCAACGGUUGCUUGCCGGCGUCAUCGGUGCUACAUUUUGUCAUUCCUUCUUCGUUCUUUCGCUACCGCCAUUGAGAGUGCAAAGUUCUUGCUGCGAGUUUUCUCUGCGCAUAUUUAGCGAAUUUUACGCGAUAUUUGUUACCGUGGUGUUUAUUGGAAAGUACAAAAGGCAUUAUUGAAGCCAUGGCCGAUCAGUACGAUGUGAAUGGUGAGGAUUUCUCGCAGGACGUUAAGCCAAAUGAUGACCAAAUGAAUGGUGACCAAGCCGGUGACAACGUGAACAAUGGGAAUGCCGCUGAGGCUCCGGGCCGUGAUGAUGACAGAAAACUUUUCGUUGGGGGUUUGAGCUGGGAAACGACGGAAAAGGAGCUCCGUGAGCAUUUUGGCACGUAUGGAGAGAUUGAGAGUAUAAAUGUGAAGACAGACCCCCAGACAGGAAGGUCACGUGGGUUUGCAUUCAUUGUCUAUGCAUCCGCUGAUUCGAUCGAUAAGGUCACAGCGGCUGGUGAUCACAUUAUUAACAACAAGAAAGUUGAUCCCAAGAAGGCGAAAGCCCGUCAUGGCAAAAUCUUUGUCGGUGGUCUCACAACAGAGAUCAGUGAUGAUGAGAUUAAGACCUUCUUUGGACAAUUUGGAAAUAUUGUUGAGAUGGAAAUGCCAUUUGAUAAGCAGAAGAAUCAGCGAAAAGGUUUCUGCUUUAUCACCUUUGAUUCCGAACAGGUGGUCAGUGAAUUGCUGAAGACACCUAAACAGACAAUCUGCGGCAAGGAAGUUGAUGUGAAGAAGGCAACACCAAAACCCGACAAUAUGCCAAUGGGAAUGAUGCGUGGUGGCUCACGUGGAGGCCGUGGUGGACGCGGUGGACGUGGAGGCUCAUCAACAUCCUCAUCAGGUGGCUACGGUCAAGGAUGGGGCAAUCAGGGGGGCUAUGGCUAUGGGCAGGGGUACGGCUAUGGUGGCUAUGAUAACUAUGGUGGCAACAACUACGACUACUACAGUGGCGGUUAUGGCGGCUAUGGUGGCUACGACUAUGCCGGAUACGGAAACUAUGAUGAGAAAAAUGCGAACAAUAAUUAUGGUGGCUAUGGCGGUUAUGAUGGAGGCUACGGAAAUGGUGCACGCUCUGGAGGGCCACGGGGCAAAGGUGGUAACUACCAGGGCGGUAAGCAGCGAGGUGGUGCUGGUGGGCGUCAGCAGAGGCAUCAGCCCUACUAAGAAAAUUAAGGGAAAACCUCUAAAAGAAAAGAAAAGUGAGUGUGUGUGUGGAAAAGCUGCUCGCACGGAAUCCUCUUGCUGUGGGAAUCCAUCGAGAGGAAGUUUUUUUUAUAUAUUUUAUUUCUUCAUUUUAAAAAGAAAAAAAAAGAGAAGUACAUUUAAGAGACACACAAUCCCUCAAUCAAUAAAAAAGAAAUAAUAAAUAUUAAUUUAAAAAAUAGACAAAAAGGUAAAACGUAAAAAAAAACUUGUAAUGUGAAAGAGAUCCUUUUGAGCGUCUCUUUUGUGUAUUUCGUGAAUUAGUGAGAAAAAAAAGUUAGAAAUAUUUUUUAAAGAAAAAGAAAAAAAAGAAUAAUUUGCCUCUAUGAAGGAUAUUAAAUUAAUUGAAUUCCUUCACACACCGUCUAAAUUGGAAUUAUUUCUCUGUGUGUGCGUGUUGUAAAAUGGAAGAGAAACAAACAAAAAAUAGUUAUGCAGUUUAAAAAAAAAAAGUAGAAUGUUUUCAAUGUGAUUUGAUGAUUUCUUGAGAUAGAGAGGGACACCAAAAUCACCCCCACACACAGUAUAAAGUUCAAAUUUCUCAACUAUAAAAAAAAACCUCCAUCCAUCCUCAUCAUUCCAUUUAGUAAAGAAAAAAAAAAAACAAAGAAAGAAAGAUAAUCAAACAGCAGAUUCAGCAAAUUUAAAAUCACAUUUCAAUGAAGGGGAGACUCUCAAUAUUUGAUGCUGAUGCGCGCAAUCAGCAAGAAAGAGACGAGAUGUCUUUCCCAGAGAUUAAAAUUCUUUCAUUUUCAUUUAUUUUUUUCUUUUAAAAUCAACUCAUUUCUCUUCACAAUCCGCAAAUUUUCAAGAAGUCACAAUCAUCGUAAAUAAAAUUAAAGAGAAAUAUAUUAAUUGUAAGGAUUUUAAAAUAAAUGAAGAGAGAAGUGUAAAACAAACAAAAGAACCAGAAAAUUGUGGACAGAAAAAUACAUUUUUAGUGUUUUUGCAUUAAAAUAAUUAAACAAAAAAAUAAUAUAAUUAAUAAAGUAAAGAAAGAAAAGAUGAAAGGAUAUCCUAUUUUAAAUUAAAUAACGAGGUAAAGAACAAUAAAUUUUAGGGGAGAUUUGCCGUAGAGAAGGGGAUGUAUUUUGUAAUAAACUUAACUCUUUUUUUAUGUUAUAAAAAUCAAAUAAAGUAGAUUACUGUGAAAGAGGAAAAAACAAAAACGAUCAUAAAAACAUGCUGAAGAUUUUCCUGGAUGGAUUCUUAUUUUAUUUAGCGUUUAUUUCCAUUAUUUCUCGCAUAAAGCACCAAGGAUCUCCAUGAUGCGUCCACACCAUAUUGUUUGCAAAAGGACGCUAACAUUGAGAGAGAGAAAACUUCCAAAAUGGCCGCGUUGAAACGGUAGGGAAAGCAUAAAAAGGGAUGGGGAAACAAAAGAGAUAGGAAUUCUUCUAUAAAUAAUAAUAAAAAAAAAAUUCACAAAUUGUCCAUUUUACCUUGACAUUAAAAUAUUAUAUAAAUAUAAAAAAAAUUCUCUGUUUCUGCUAGCAUUUAAUGUGUAAAAUUUAAGGAACAAUGGAUCUAGCCCGUAAGUUUAAAAAUAACUUAAUUCUCCCGAUAACAAAACUUUAGCAUCGGUAAUCAAGUUCAAUUCAAACUAACAUGUACUUUGAGACAUAAUAAAAAACCACCAAUCUAAAGAGCAAA